CACGAUCACACAACCAGCGGCGGCAUGGCCUCCGACGUAGAGUACUCGGCCGGCACGGGCAACCCGCGACAUGACGAUCGCUCACCGGCCGUCCUCAUCGUCUCGUCCGUCUUUCUCGCCAUCGCGACCAUCUUUGUCGCUCUCCGAUGCGUGUCCAAGUUUUACAUUCGCAAAAGAGCAGACUGGGACGACUGGGUGACUCUGUUGGCUUGGCUCUUCACCGUCGCGCUCUCAACAUGCAUCAUCUUUGCCGCCACCGUGGGCAUGGGGAAAGUAGACUAUUUGAUUAAGCCAGAAUGGGUCAAGCCCCUCAAGGCGGCGACCUACGCCUUCCCCAUGUUCUACAAUCUCUCGUCCAUGACAGCCAAAACCUCUGUCCUCCUCCUCUACGUCCGCAUGGCGAGUGCUCAUCCAUUCUUGCGCAAUGCUUCAUACGCUGUGCUUGCCAUUGUCAACGUCUCGGGCAUGGUGUUGGUAUUCUUGAACAUCUUUCAAUGCCGACCGAUCAAGGCCGCUUGGGACGUGCAGGUCGAAGGGACCUGCAUGGACACGGUCACACUCUUCCUCGCGUCAUCACCCAUCAACAUCCUCUCGGACCUCGCCAUCCUCGUCCUCCCCUUGCCAAUCAUCACCAGCCUCCGAAUGGAGAUCCACCAGAAGAUUGGCCUCGUCUUGACCUUUAUCUGUCUCAUUUUCGUCGCGAUCGUCGAUGUUGUUAGAAUCUCGUUCUUGCAAACCGCUCUGAGAGAACAAGUCUCCAUCGGUAUGAGCCACGUGUCGGCAAACUCGCGGCCACCAAACUACUACUACGACAUUGCGUAUGGUACGCUCUGGUCUGCGAUCGAGUGCUCGGUGCGCGUGUCUUGUGCAUGUGCCCUCGUCCUCAAACCACUGCUACAAAAGCUCAAACCCGCCAUCUUGUCUCGUGGAUCGAACAGAUCAAAGAACUCGAAUGGCCACGCUGCGUCAGGAGGACACAACAGCAACGGCAACCCGCUCGAAUCCAACAAUGGCAAUGGCAACGGAAACGCCAACGGCAACGACAAGGAGAGUAUGCGGUCGCUUCAGUUCACACCCAAGUCUCCAAAGGUGGACCAGAUGCCCCUGCAAGCCAUCUUGGAAACAGACCCCGACGUGCCAGACGAGGACACAAUGGACAUCUUUGACCUCUUCCGCAGUGGUCCCCCCGCUGGAUCUACGGCCGGAGGCUCUGCCAUCGCUGCGGCGAUUGCGCAGUCUGGAGGCACUGCCAUCUUCGGCACCGGGUUCGGCGGAGGAUUGACGAGAAUACCCAGCAGGCGGCUGAGUGCUAGCGGAGCCAUGGUAGCUCCAUUGGCCCGCAUGCCCAGCCGCGGCGGUAUCGUUGCGCCGCUGCAUAGAAUGGGCAGCGGGGGGCGUCGCGAUUCCAACGGAGGACGUCGGGACAGCUUCAACCAUCCACAGCCUGGCCCAAGUCCGAACCCAACAAACGGUAGCCCGCAUUCGAGCGAGACAAUCGGCCUACCACUGGCCCCGCAAAGAACGAAGCUGAGCGACCGCACCAUACUCCAUCCGUUGAAGUGGUUGUCGCGGGACGAUACGCCAAUGGAGCAGACACAGCAGCCCACGGGCAAGUUCUUCGACUUUGUUCAGAUGGGGGGCCGGAAACCUCUCACCGAGCUGUCGGCAAGAGAAGCAUGGUGGCCGGUUCUGUUCGUGUCGAUCCUCUUUUUCCUCUGGGGCUUCGCAUAUGGAUUACUCGGCACCCUUAACAGCAGGAUCCUCGAUGUGAUCGGAUCGUCGCCAUCAAAGGCGAUUGCCCUUCAAAGCUCGUACUGGAUCGGCUACGUCGUGGGCCCUUCGACUCUCGGCGGCUAUGUCCUCAUCCACUACGGCUUCAAGGCGACAUUCAUCACAGGUCUGACAAUAUACGCCUGCGGGACAAUGUGCUUCUGGCCGUCGUCAGUCCUGGCCUCGUACGCGGGGUUCUUCAUCUCCAACUUUAUCAUCGCCUGCGGCUUGUCCAUUCUCGAAGUCGCCGCCAACCCGUUCAUUGCGCUCGCCGGCCCGGGCGAGUACUCCGAGUCACGGCUCAACUUCUCGCAAGGUAUCCAGGGUAUCGGCGGCGUGCUCUCCCCCAUCCUCGCCCGCAAGGCGUUAUUCCGUAACCUCGAAGGCCGUGCAUCGUUAUUCGAUGUCCAAUGGUGCUACCUGGCUGUCGCACUGUUCGUCAUUGCCCUUGCCCUCGUCUUCUUCUACGCGCCGCUAUCGGAAGCCACCGAAGACGACAUGGAGCGAGAAACACAGCUGCGCAUGGCGAAUGCUGGACUGGACCCUCGCGGCAAGGCAUAUGGAAUGUCCGCAAAGUGGUUCAUCAUCGUCUUUGGCGUGUUCUGCAUGUCGGCGUACGUUGGCGCUCAGGAAUCCGUGUCCUAUUUCUGGGAACCCCUGCUCGCGCGCUUCCGACCCCGGGACGACGAGUUCUGGGACCUCACGAUCGGGCACUCGGUCUUCGCCUUCGGUCGCUUCCUGGCAUCCGGCGCCAUGUUCAUUGGCUUCACACCGAGGCUGAUUCUCAACAUAUGCCUGAUUGGCUCGUUCAUCACGACAUUGCUGGCAGUCGUGCUUCCCGCGUCCCAUGGUACCGGUGCCUACGUCUGCCUCCUGCUCAACAUGUUCCUCGAGGCGCCAGUGUUCCCGACCGUCUUUGCGACGGCACUGCGUGGAGCCGGCCGCCACACCAAGCCAGCGAGCAUUGCCCUUACCGUGGCAAUUGGAGUUGGAGCUUGCGUCUGGGAGAGCGUGACGUACGGAGCGUGGCGUGCCCAGAACAAGGACAUUCACAAGGCCAUCGUCGUCGUGCCCAUCCUGUUUGGCAUCCAGGCAAUCUACAGCCUGACGUUGACGGCCAACGUCAAGCUGCGCCGAUGGGUCGACCCGUUCUGGUCACGACCUGCGGCGCACGGCCCCAGCGAGUUGACAUUCGGCACGUUUGAGCACCCGGAACAGCUCGAGCCAGACUAUGGCAAGCAGCCAGCGCUGUGCAAGACCGAACUGGCCAUCAUUUAGCAGAGGUCGGGAGAAGAGGAGAGCGCGACGAGUGCAUUUGGAGGAGAUUCGGCUUCAGGAUCGUCCACCCACCACCCACCACCCACACAAGCAUAACCAUACCCAUCCCAUACUCUGUGUUCUCC